AUGGGUAAGGAAGAUCGUGCUCACAUCAACAUCGUCGUUAUCGGCCACGUCGAUUCCGGCAAGUCGACCACUACCGGUCACUUGAUCUACAAGUGCGGUGGUAUUGACCAGCGUACUAUCGAGAAGUUCGAGAAGGAAGCCGCCGAGCUCGGUAAGGGUUCCUUCAAGUACGCCUGGGUUCUCGACAAACUCAAGGCUGAGCGUGAGCGUGGUAUCACCAUCGAUAUCGCUCUCUGGAAGUUCCAGACCGCCAAGUAUGAGGUCACCGUCAUUGACGCCCCCGGUCACCGUGAUUUCAUCAAGAACAUGAUCACUGGUACCUCCCAGGCCGAUUGCGCUAUCCUCAUCAUUGCCUCCGGUACCGGUGAGUUCGAGGCUGGUAUCUCCAAGGAUGGCCAGACCCGUGAGCACGCUUUGCUUGCCUUCACCCUCGGUGUCCGCCAGCUCAUCGUUGCCCUCAACAAGAUGGACACCUGCAAGUGGUCCGAGGACCGUUACAACGAGAUUGUCAAGGAGACUUCCAACUUCAUCAAGAAGGUUGGCUACAACCCCAAGUCUGUCCCCUUCGUGCCCAUCUCCGGUUUCAACGGUGACAACAUGCUUGAGGUUUCCCCCAACUGCCCCUGGUACAAGGGUUGGGAGAAGGAGACCAAGGCUGGCAAGUCCACCGGUAAGACCCUCCUUGAGGCCAUCGACGCCAUCGAGACCCCCGUUCGUCCCUCCGGCAAGCCCCUCCGUCUGCCCCUCCAGGAUGUGUACAAGAUCUCCGGUAUUGGCACAGUUCCCGUCGGCCGUGUCGAGACUGGUAUCAUUAGCCCCGGCAUGGUCGUCACCUUUGCUCCCGCCAACGUGACCACUGAAGUCAAGUCCGUCGAGAUGCACCACCAGCAGCUCCAGUCCGGCCAGCCCGGUGACAACGUCGGUUUCAACGUCAAGAACGUCUCCGUCAAGGAGGUUCGCCGUGGUAACGUUGCCGGUGACUCCAAGAACGACCCUCCCCAGGGUGCCGCUUCUUUCAACGCCCAGGUCAUCGUCCUGAACCACCCCGGUCAGGUUGGUGCCGGUUACGCCCCGGUCCUCGAUUGCCACACUGCCCACAUUGCUUGCAAGUUCUCUGAGCUCCUCGAGAAGAUCGACCGCCGUACCGGUAAGUCCGUUGAGGACAACCCCAAGUUCAUCAAGUCUGGUGACGCCGCCAUCGUCAAGAUGGUUCCCUCCAAGCCCAUGUGUGUUGAGGCUUUCACCGACUACCCUCCCCUUGGUCGUUUCGCCGUCCGUGACAUGCGUCAGACCGUUGCCGUCGGUGUCAUCAAGUCCGUUGAGAAGUCCGUUGGUGGUGCCGGUAAGGUCACCAAGGCCGCCCAGAAGGCUGGCAAGAAAUAA